AUGGUGGUCAGGGCAGCAGCCGGGCCCGCCAUUAUGGUGAAUAGCUGCACGGGCAAGAUGGGCCACUCCACAGCAGAGGCGGUGGUGCGGGCAGGCCUCACGCUGGUGCCCUACAGCCUGACGGGCCAGUCGGAGGCGGUGGCGGUGGGCAACGUGGGCAUCAGCGGCAUCCCUGUGGAGCUGGUGGGCCCCACCGAGCGCCAGGCAGCCCUGGAGCGCAUCCGCAGCAAGUACCCAGACCUGAUCGUCGUGGACUACACCCUGCCCUCGGUGCUCAACGAAAACGCUGAGUUCUAUUGCGCCAAUCAGCUGCCCUUUGUGAUGGGCACCACCGGGGGCGACAGGGAGAGGCUGCUGGCCGACGUGGCCGCCUCGGGCUGCUACGCCGUCAUCGCGCCCAACAUGGGCAAGCAGAUCGUGGCGUUCCAGACGAUGAUGGAGAUGAUGGCGGACCGCUUCCCCGGCUGCUUCUCCGGGUACAGCCUGGCGGUGGCAGAGAGCCACCAGCGCACCAAGGUGGACACCAGCGGCACCGCCAAGGCCGUGGUCAAGUCGUUCAACAAGAUGGGGCUGCCCCUGGAAGAGGAGCAGAUAGAGAAGGUGCGGAAGCCGGAGGAGCAGAUAGGGCGCAUGGGCGUGCCCGAGCAGCAUGUGGACAGCGGCCACGCCUUCCACACCUACACCCUCACCAGCGCAGACGGCAGCGUCGUUCUGGAGUUCAAGCACAAUGUGUGCGGGCGGGACGUGUAUGCUGAGGGCACGGUGGAUGCCUGCCUCUUCCUGCACCGCCAGGUCCAGGCGGGAGCUGAGCAGAAGCUGUACAACAUGAUUGAUGUGCUGUCGGCGGGCGCCAUGCGGUGA